GCAGGAUCAGCAGCCCGGGUCCCGGAGAUAAGAGGGUCCAGUAGCACAGGUGCGGGUUUCCCAGCCAGCUCAGGCACGAGCAGGCUCCAGGUCACUUUGGCCCUGAUGUCUGCAGAGGCAGCUGUGUCUAUGUGUGACCCUGAAUUUGGCAGUGGCAAGGCGAAGGCGCCAAGCAUGGGGGGCAGGUGUCGUGGGUCCUGGUAUGAGCGGUUCCUGCAGCCCUGUCUGGUGGAACUGCUGGGCUCUGCCCUCUUCAUCUUCAUCGGCUGCCUGUCGGUCAUCGAGAGUGGGACGGACACAGGGCUGCUGCAGCCGGCCUUGGCGCACGGACUGGCCCUGGGCCUCAUCAUUGCCACACUGGGGAAUAUCAGUGGUGGACACUUCAACCCUGCGGUGUCCCUGGCAGCCAUGCUGAUCGGAGGCCUCAACCUGGUGCUGCUCCUUCCCUACUGGAUCUCCCAGCUGUGCGGGGGGCUGAUCGGGGCCGCCUUGGCCAAGGCAGUGAGUCCCGAAGACAAGUUCUGGAACGCGUCGGGGGCGGCCUUUGUGACAGUCCAGGAGCCGGGGCAGGUGGCGGGGGCAGUGAUGGCGGAGCUCAUCCUGACGACACUGCUGGCACUGGCCGUAUGCAUGGGCGCCAUCAACGAGAGGACGCAGGGCCCUCUGGCUCCAUUCUCCAUUGGCUUUGCCGUCACCGUGGACAUCCUGGCGGGGGGUGCCGUGUCUGGAGCUUGCAUGAAUCCCGCCCGGGCGUUUGGACCUGCCGUGGUGGCCAAUCACUGGGACUUCCACUGGAUCUACUGGCUGGGCCCGCUCCUGGCCAGCCUGCUUGUGGGAGUGCUCAUCAGGCUCUUCAUUGGAGAUGGGAAAACCCGCCUAAUACUAAAGGGACAGUGACACCGAGCUGGAGGCUUUCCUGCGGCCCAGGUGGCUUCUGAGGACCCACCCAGGUUACAGACAGGCCACCUCCUGCAUUUCCUGCUGGGGCAGAGGCCCAGAGCAGCCGCCCACCUGCUUCCCACCCCUCCUCCCCCCGGUUGCCUGGCCUCCCAGAUGACACACCGCUGCCAAGUUUUGAGGAUGCUCUAGGUUCUCCGAAUUCCUUCAUGCUCAUCAGAGACCUCAGCCUGGGGAGCGCGUUGCCAGCCCUGCCCGGCCCGGCACCACACAACAGAGGGGUUUUUCUUGACCAGGAAGCUCCCAGGAGCAAAA